CAAUCCAGUUGCGUUCAUCAUCCUGCCAUCAGCCUUGAUGCACUUGGCUUCUCUUCUUCCACGCUCUCCGAGUGAACGCCCUUUGCCCCUUCUACUCUGUGUUCCCUUCUCUUUAUUAUCUCCUAACGCUCCCAAGAUCAAGCUCCAUCAGUGCAAGAUACCACGAAGAGAUGGAAAUGCUGACGGCCAGCUCCACUCUCCGCCCACUUCCUACCAAAUUCCAGAGACUAACUCCUCCCCCUCUCUCAGGAACACUCAUCACAACUCCCUCUUUGCUCGGAAGAAGUACAAGGCCUCUUCCUCUCAUUGUUGCUGCCUCCUCUGCUGCUAGGAAAGAGAAGGGGAGGAACUUAGGAGAGGUGGAAGAGAAGGAGGAGGAGGAGGAACGUGGGGGGGAGACGCUCCUGUACUCGGUGGCGCCUUAUCCUCUCCUGCUGGCUGCCUUGCUCCCCGGAGCUGGGACUGUGAGAUCUAUAUUUGAUCCUUUUGUCGAGCUUAUAAAGACAUGGAAUCUUCCUGAUUGGCUCGUGCACUGGGGUCAUCCAGGAAACAUGGCUGUGGUACUCUUUGCAAUGGGUGGCUAUGGAACAUAUUUGGGAUUCCGAAUAAGAUUGUCAAAGGAUGCAGAUGAGAAGGCCAAGGCCAAAGAUCUGCAUCCUAAGCUCCUUGGUGGCAUGUUCUUCUUCUUUGCUCUUGGUGCCACUGGUGGAAUAACUGCUUUGCUCACUUCUAACAAACCCAUUUUUGAGAGUCCUCAUGCUGUCAGCGGUUUCAUCGGUCUUUCCCUGUUGACAGUUCAAUCAAUUUUACCAGUCCUGUUUGAGGAAAAUCCAGGAAUGAGGACUGUACAUGGCCUCCUUGGUAGCAGUAUAAUGACCCUAUUCCUUAUCCAUUCAGCACUUGGACUUCAGCUCGGUCUCAGUUUUUAACCAUCAUGAUGUUAUGUGGUAGCCAAUCUCAUGUCAAUGAUUCCCCAAAUAAUCCCGAAGCAAUUUUCUGUUCCCUACAAGGAGAUGGAUCAUUGCAUCAGUUUUGGUAUAAACAAUUCUUCAGUAUCAGCAUGCACGCUAUUUUAUGUAACUUGCUCUUUCAAUGGUGCCGUAUAAAACUAAGGCUAUAAAAUAAAUGCUUAUGUGAUUGCUGAAAUUAAUCCUAUGGUAGGUAAGGUUAACUUAAAUAUUACCUUCAUGAUGAGAAACUUCAAUAAAAUUAUUUU